AUGUACCGCUGCACCUUCCAUGAGGAAAAGGGGCACCGAACGAAGGACUACAUGUCGCUCAAACAACAUUUGGAGGAGCUGGUUGCAGCUAGGCAUUUGGAUCAGUACAUUAACGGGGAUAUGAGGGUUGCUCCACAAGGACAAGCUAAGCCAAAUGGCCUUGCCGUCUUGGAUGCGGCCCCUCAAGGAUUGAUUAAUGUUAUUCACGGCAUUAUCGAGCCAGCAUGGGUUUGUGAGCUGAAGGGGAUGAUCAAGAAGGCCGAGCACAUAAGGGAAGUCCUCUCUGGUCAGCCCACCGUGAAGAAAGGGAAGACUAAGAUAAAGGACGUCUUAACUUUUUCAAGCAAAGACUUAGAAAGAAUACAAACGCCUCAUAAUGACGCCCUAGUUGUGACUCUUCGUGUCAAAGACCUCGACAUCAAAAGAAUUCUAAUCGACCAGGGGAGUUCGGUCGAGAUCAUGUACUACGACAUGUUCAAGCAGAUGAAAUUGGAGGACGAAGACUUGGCUCCAGCAAUGUCUCAUUUAGUCAGCUUCAACUCUCAACCAGAAUGGCCGAUCGAAAAAAUCAUAUUGCCGGUCAAGGCUGGGUCAGUCACGAAGCAGGUGGAAUUUUGGGUGCUGAAGGUGCCAUCGACCUACAACUUGAUCUUGGGAAGAGAUUGGUUGCACGCCAUGCAAGCAAUAGCGUCGACUUAUCACUAG